AUGGCGUUUGAUCGGUACGUUGCCAUCUGCGACCCCCUGAGAUACACCAUCAUACUAACCAAGUCUGUGAUCGGGAAGAUGGGGCUGGCAGUUGUCACGAGAACUUUCUGUAUCAUUUUCCCCAUCAACUUUCUCGUGAAGCUGCUGAAGUUCUGCAGAACCAAACUCCUGCCUCACACCUAUUGUGAGCACCUGGCCAUAGCCUGGCUGGCCUGUGACGACAUCACAGUCAGCGUCUGGUAUGGCAUAGCCAUGGCUAUUUUAGUAAUUGGUUUGGAUGCUGUGCUCAUUGCUGUAUCUUAUGGUCUGAUCCUCAGGGCCGUCUUCCGGUUCCCCUCCAAGGAUACCCGGCUCAAGGCUCUCCGCACCUGCAGCUCCCAUGUCUGUGUCAUACUGAUGUUCUACACACCAGCCUUUUUCCCCAUUUUUGCACACCAAUUUGGACACCUCAUUCCAGGUUAUAAUCUCAGCCUACUGACCAACCUCUAUGUGCUCAUUCCCCCCAUGUUAAACCGCAUCGUUUAUGGGGUGACAACAAAAGAGAUCCUGAAAUGGGUGAUCAAUGUGUUUCAUCAGUGGUGCAGGAGGAGCUCCCUGCUGAGCUAA